AUGAGCAAUCACGUCAGAGAUAUACCUGGUAGUCCGAAAGAGAGCUACAAGAUGUUGUAUAGCUAUUUGUACAUGUUAGAGCAAGUGAAUCCGGGGACAAAAACCUGUUUGAAAUUGGAUGAUAAAAGUAAAUUUGAGUACCUUUUCAUAGCUUUGGGAGCUUGCAUUGAAGGGUUUGCAGUUAUGAGGAAGGUGAUAGCUGUGGAGGGGAUACGUCUGAAGAACGGUGGUGUUUUAGUUUUCGCGAAAGCUCAGGAUCCUAAUGGUCAGAAUUAUCCACUUGCGUUUGCAGUAGUAGAUGGUGAGAAUCUUGCUAGUUGGACUUGGUUUUUCGAGAUGCUUAAAAGUGUUAUACCAGACUCUUCUGAACUGGUUUUCAUUAGUACUCUUCAUCAGAGCUUGAUCUUCGCCAUAGGAAACGUGUUUCCACAGGCUCACCAUGGUCAUUGUUUAUGGCAUUUGAAGGAAAAGGUGAAAUUGCAUGCUUGUAACGUCAACAAGAAUAUAGUCGGGCAAAAACUUAUGGAGUUGGGCAGAUAUUACACGGUUGAUGACUUCAAUUCUGCUUACGACUCAUUUAAGAUAAGAUGUCCAGCUGCGUACAAGUAUGUGGAGGAAUGUGGUAUUGAAAAGGACAAAUGGGCAAGGAAAUUCUCUGAUUGGUUCACUCAACGGAAGGAUGUUGUUUCUACAUCAAUGAAUACAAGACUGGUGCCUCGGGUUGAGAACUACUUGCACGAUUUAUGGGCUGUUGCACAUAAGUUACCUGUGUGGGAACUUGAUAGUUACGAGCUUAAGUACGCGAUCACUGACACUGCAGGAAAGGUGUUUUGGGCGACCUUGGUUGGAAAAACUUGUACUUGCAAGGUGUGGGACUAUGAAAAGUUCCCUUGUCUGCAUGGACUGGCAGCUUAUAUCUAUUUCGCUAGGAAUGUUGAUGGCAGGCGCCUUGAUAUCCAUGAGUUGUGCUCAAAAUACUACUGGACGGAAAUGUGGCAUUUGGCGUAUUCCAGAACACUUAAUGUUGUGCCCGACAUGGCUUCUUGGAAUGCACCAGAUCAGAUCAAGGAGGUGAAGAUCAUACCUCCAUAUCGCAUCAAGCGGCAAGGAAGGAAAAGACUUGGAAAUGAAUGCAAUUACUUCUCUUGGUUCGAUGAAGAGGAUGGUACAGAAUGGCAAAGGAGAGCAUUGCUUCAAGCCCGUGAUGAAAUCCAGGAGAAGGAUAAAGUGAUUGAGCAAUUACAGAAGACCAUUUCUGAAAUGAAAAGUCACUUGGAGAAGAAGAAGACAGGGAAGGGCGGGGGCGGGAAUGACGAAAAUGAAGAAGAUGACAUUGUUAGGAAGUUUGAAGAAUUGUAUGCUUAG